UCCAUUGCGUUGCAACCCUGGUUGACAGAGUGCGAAAAAAUCGGGGAGCAUUUUUCUGGGCCGCAUUAAUUGUGUUGAAAAGCGUCGAGCAGCGUGUGAAUCAAUAGCGCAGAGCAGAGUGGCCAACGAUUAGGUGACUCCGGGUAAGCAAAAGUCGGGAUGGACUAUCGCCAAAUGAAGAACGACGCUUACGGCAUUGGCCAGCGGCGUGGAAUGGGCAAUUCCGGUGGUGGAGGCGGAGGUGGAAUGUAUUCCUCAAACUUUGGUGGUAGCUACAACAACAACUUCAGCGGCGGCGGCGGCAACAACAACAACUAUCCACGUUCCGGCGACGAUCGCUCCGGUUUUAAUCCAAACAAUCAGCGUUUCGGCGGCAACUCCGGCGAUGAUUUCCAAGACAAUUACCGGGGACAUCAGCAGCAGCAGCUAUCCAACUAUGGAUCAUCAAAUAUGAAUAGGGGACAAUCCAAUUUGGGCAACCUGGCGCGUUUACUGGAACUUGAGUCGUCACAGAAUUUCGGCAACCGCAAUGCCGGAGCCUCCGGAAAUUUCAAUUCGGAAUUGCGCCAUCCGGAGAAUAGCUAUCGCGGCCCGCAGUCACAGAACAACAGCGACAGAUUCUUCAACGACGUGCCCCGGAAUCAGAAUCAGGGUUCGUUCGGCAACUUUGGUCACAACGAGGGUCCCUCAUUUGGCGGAAAUAAUGGGCCUUCCUUUGGACCCAACGACGGGCCCAAUUUUGGCGGCAACAAUGGUCCUUCCUACGGGGGAAACAAUGGCCCUUCGUAUGGAGGAAACGACGGGCCCUCUUACGGAGGAAACAAUCCACGCAACUCGGGCAACUUUAACAAUGACAAUUUCCCAGGAAGAGGUCCGAGCUUCGAUAAUCAGCCAUCUGGAUUCAAUGAUUCCUACGGACGAGGUGGAAACCAGGGCAAUUUCGGGCAAAACUCGGGCAACUUUGGAAACAACUCGGGCAACUUUGGCGACAACAAUCGCGACAUGGGAAACUACAACAAUCGAGGACCGGGCGGCGGCGGAUUAGGACCAGGAGGACCUGGCUAUAGUGGCAAUAAUUCUGGGGGCGGCUUCAGCAACAACAUCAGUCGCACAUUCAACGACUCUCGCAACAACUGGAACAACUCGCAGGCCCAGUCGCAAUCCUCUUCGUUCCAGAACUCCGGCUAUCAAUCGAACAGUGGAGGAGGAGGAGGUGGUGCCAUCGGCGGCGGCGGUGGAGCCAGUAGCUCCGGCUGGGAAGCCAGCCAGCGAGCCUUCAACACGAAGCGUAACCAGCUUCAAAAGAUGAACCUGAACAAUGGUGGGGUUGUCCGCAAACCGGGACCUCCGCCGGCCGCCAAGGCGGUGCAAAUCUUGCGAAACAAUCCGCGGGCAGCUGCCGCCAUCGUCACUGCCACGGGCAGGAACAAUGUGCUUAACAAUAGGAACAGUCAGCCCAACAAGCCCGCCAACAUACGUCCGGGCAAUGCAGUUGGAGGCCAGAAGAAACCGCCCAAUGCCCCACCCACUCAGUAUAAGGUCAACAACUUAGCUCCCAAGCCGAAACCAGUUGCAGUAGUCAACAAGAAACCACCGGUGGCUGGACAAGCGGCACGGAGUGGUUCCGCAGUCGUGAGGAGUGGGCCACAGGCAGCCAAAACUGGACCACCGGCUGUUAGAACUGGACCACAGGUUCAGAAGAAAGGACCACUGGUCCAGAGGACGGGACCUCAGACAACUAGGACUGGUCCGCAUCUAGUGAAGGCUGGCCCACAAGCAGGCAUCCCAGCCGGAGUGGCUAAAAGGCCAAACAACGCCCCUGGAUUACCUGUACAAGUCGGUCAGAAGCGCAUCGCCCCAGCUCCGCCAGUGGAAACUGAGCCUGCCUCCAAGUCGGUGAAGAAGUGGCGUCGUGUGGCCCGCAAGCGCGGCUUCCUAAUGGGCGGCUUCAAAAUCCCCUAUCUGAACGAUCAGCCGAAGAAGAUUCCACAGCCGGAGGCCGACUCGUAUGCCUUGUCCUUCUUCGAGCAGAACUUCAAUUACAGCACAAACCAGGACGCCACCGAGGAGGACUUCCUGGAGGCUGCCGUCGUGCUCAACGAAGACUCGGAGGACGAGUCGGUGGCCGACGAUGCCAAGUCGGCUCGAAAGAUCGCCAAGCGCAAUAGGAAGCGCCUGAGGACCGAGUGGGCACCGCUGCACGAGGCGAAGAAAUACAAGGACUGGGCCAACUGGUGGAAGGACUACAAGAACGUGGGCGAGGAGAUCAACCAGCAAUUGUUGGAGUGCGGUAAUCUCAAUCUGGAGCACUGCUUCCUGCCCAAUCUGCCCAAGCUUUCCACGGAGCAGGUGGUUUAUGCAAUCAUCAAGUCCGCUCACUUUGGACUCGAGAAGAAUGCGGAUGUGCCGUACGACACCAUGAAGACAAUCUUCACCUUGAUGAACCGCACCUUCCUGGACAACCUCACUGAGCUGAACAUGGUGGAGAUCCAGGACAUCAUUCGCGGCAUACCCAACGACCUCUGGGUAUACAAGAUGCGCAGCAUGGUCUACCUGUGGGCCAAGUACAAGGCCAUCACCAAUUCCAAGUCCACCGCCGAGGAGGACGUUAAGGAUCAGCAGGCCAUUGCCCGCGAGUGGAAGAGUCCCUGCUUCCACUGGUUGUCCAAGCAGGCUUUUGACGAGCUGGUGGCUAUUAGUGAAACCGAAUGGAAGGACCAUCGCAGCAUUUUUCCGGUUUUAGAGUAAAAGAACUCGGAUAAUUUUGAAAGUACACAUCCUUUCUCUUCUCAACAUCCAGACCUACACACACACGAGUCCCAUCACCGAACGAAAAUUAGGUUCUUCUUCAGGACUAUUUUAUGAAGUAUAUGAUUACGUAUCUAGAUUGUAUUAAAGACCUUUAUUAUACACAUUAUGAAGGAACACCCUGACUAUAUGAUGUAGUCUGUAAUUAGAUCAGAAUGCUUAAAUAAAUAAAGAACUAUCCCGA